AUGGCCAUCGUUCACGCAAACAUACACGCCUAUCUUUCAAAGGGAGGGCAUGCAAUAGCCGAGACAAAGAACAAUCAUAGGAUCAUUAAGACGAAGCCAAGGCUCUUAAGACCGCCAAAAGUCAUAGACGAGUUGGUAGACAGGCUUAUGGUCCAAAUCAAGAAAGACGUCGCCUUAGAAAAAUCGCUCGUCGUUCCUCCUGAGUGCUGGAGUCGUGAUUCGAUGACACGACCCUUCAAGAUCACAGCAGUAUCAGUCCUGGAACGAGUUGCUCGCGGUAUUCCUGAGGCUGAAUGGGCCCAGUGGCAAUUUCUGGAAAGGCUCAAGAAAGACUGGGUUUACGGUGCCGCUGUUUCGCCGGAUACGGAACUUUCACCGCAGCAAACCAUCCCUCAUCAACAAAUGCAGAUCCAGGACUUUCAUUGGGAGAAUAUUCAAGCAGCAAUCGAUCAAUUGCAAAAGUUGGAGGCGACCUUAGACGGUGCCGAUCCCCAAGAGCUGUUGCGCUUGAAGAAGAACCUGACCGCGAGUGACACCAUGCCUUUCCGGCUAUUAGAUUGGGACGGAAACAAAUUGUCGGGCAGCGUAUUUCGGAAGACCUUUGGUUUACACACGUCCCCAUCUAGCGAGGACGACCUGCAGCGAAAGCAAGGCGAGCGACGCCGGCAAGAAAACCAGCAGCUAGAAACCCCAUUAAAGCGGAAAUCAACAGACGAGCCACAGCAGCAGAACAGACAGAAGCGGUCAAAGACGACGCCCGUGAAGUCUUCAGAAACUGCCGAACCAAGUGUGAGCGAUGCAAUAACCUUGGCAUCGCCUGCAUCGAAUUGGCAAACCAUCAAGGGGCAAUUCGGAAAUGCACCCAUUGUAAAGAGGCAAACCCCGAUUGCAGUGGUCCCAUAA